CCUCUCAGGCAUUCAGAGAGUCCAUUGGCUUUGACCUCCCUCGAUACUGAUACCUACAUACCACGACGCGUCUUGCUCGAUCAAUAUGCAGCUUCGCAAUCGUCUCGUUGGAGCCGGACAAGCGUUCCACCAAUUCAAACGUCUGCCAACCGAAAUCCGAUGCAUGAUUUGGAAGUUUAGUCUACAGCCUCGUGUCGUGGAGAUUGCGACCGACAUUCAGGUGGUUGAGGAUACACCAUAUCCCGGGGACGUCUAUGAAGGGACGUACUAUUACUCCAAGGCCAGGCUUCCCGCCAUUCUCGAUGUCUGUCAUGAAUCUCGCAGUGCUACACUGCCAUUGUACCCUCUCUGUUUCAGAUACUCUGGUCCUGGAAUUCGGUUCAACGUCUCCUUCGACAUCCUCUACAUCAACCAUGAUGUGGAGGACAUUCGCAAUCUGCUUGACUUCCUAAAAAAUACUUCGAAGAGGAAGUCCGACUAGAGAAUAUUGCCAUCUCUGCAAUAUUAGGCCCCCUUGGAAGCGAGGCAACUAAGUGGGCCUAUUGGAAAUUG